CCUCUUCGAUCUCCAACCACUCUCUUCCCUCUUCUCUCCUCCCUCCACUCUCCUAUCUCCAUGAAGAGAAGAAGGAAUCACCACCUUAGCCCUGUCGGAAGCCCACCAUCCGACACCGAGUCUGGUGCAGCUACUCUCGGUCAUGGCCCCGACUCCUCCCUAAAAGACCAAGACCGCUUCCUCCCGAUAGCCAACGUGAACCGCAUCAUGAAACGGUCCAUCCCCGCCAACGCCAAGAUAUCGAAGGAAGCCAAGGAGACGGUGCAGGAGUGCGUAUCGGAAUUCAUUAGCUUCAUCACUUGCGAGGCCUCCGAUAAGUGCCACAGGGAGAAGAGGAAGACCGUCAAUGGCGACGACCUCCUCUGGGCCAUGACCACCCUCGGAUUCGACAACUACGUUGGGCCCCUCAAGGUCUACCUCAACAAGUAUCGGGAGACCGAAGGCGAGAAGAAUUCCAUGGCAAGGCAGGGUGACCAGUCCGCGGAUGUGGAGGGGAAUCACAGCCCAAGUUCUAACCAUGGUGCAAGUGGUGCUAGUGCAAUGGCUUAUAGCAAUACUGUUAUUUCCAAUGCUAGCCCUAUGAGCUUUAAUGGCAAGUUUUACUUGGCCAGGCCACCUGUGGCUCCACAGGGCUUUGGAGGGGGAGGCGGAAGGAUGAUGGGGUUUGGAGAGCACUCCAAGAUUGGAGGUUUUGAUAUAUAUGGAUAAGGAGAGGUGGGGAUGGAAAUGAUGGCAAAGCUAGCUUCGCCUAUCCACAUCCGUGGAGUUAUAUGGUAAUAAAAUUUCUCCCUUUGGAGCUGAUGAACGGACUCUCUUUCUAGUACCUAGUUGCAAUCCUUUUGUAUCCGUCUUUCUCUAGUACAACAUAUAAAGAGAUCGGAGGAAGAAUGCUUCUUAGAGAAGAGAGGUGUAUUAAUGAAUCUUUUUUAUAUAUACCUCACUUCGAGUUAUUCUUCAACUUCAUAGAAACGAAGUCCUUGGAGAUUCUAUAACAAAGGAUGCUUUAGUCUUACCAAGAAUAUAUAUAGAGUGCUCUUUGCAUGAUUAAAAACUCUCUCGUGCUUUUGCUUUUCGAGAUUCAUGCAUAUAUAACUAGAUACCCACUGUCACAAAGAACAUUUCUCCCUUGCCGUUCUAAAUAAUGUACUAGAGAAAGACAUGACAUGAACUCGUUGGCUGUAGGAAUUUUCUACAGUUCGAGAAUAGGGGGCACUUGCUGAUGUAGUUUGUUUCGUUAUCUCGAUGAAACGGAUCACAGUUUUCUCCUCUCCUUUUUUUCUCCGAGGAAUUAAUAAGAACAAGAAAAGUCGAAGGGCUUUGUUUUAUAGGAAUAGCUAUGCCCCUGGUUAUUGAGCCCUUGUUACUCCUCUAGUUUCUUUCUUUCACCCUCUUCCUUUGAGCCCCCUCUCCCAUGCACUCCCCG